GCGACGGGGAGAACGGUCGAGAGCGCGAGAGAGGGAGCGAGAGAGAGAGACGGAGCAGCGGCGCAUGCCGUAGCCACGGCCCCCGACUCGCUCUAAACUUGUGCGCGGAGAGUAGUGCCCCGUGUCGGUCGAAUUUUAAUGGCGGCUGAUCCCGACUCCACCGUUUGCGGUGUUGUGUUGUGAAGUGACGUUACGACGGCCGGCGCUCGCACGGCGCCGACGUAUGGUAUCGACGCGGCAGCGGGGCGGCGCGAUCGCGUAUCAUCAUCCGGCGGCGAUUCCCGGGCGGUGCUGCUGCUGUGCUGUGCGUGCGACGACGACAACGACGGCGGCAGCGGCAGCGGUGGCCACGGCGGCAGCGGCGGUGACAGUGGCGGCGGCGGUGGCGGCCCGUUCGUGGUGGCGACCAGUAGUGGUGCCUGUCUGCGCGAACCGGGACGGAUUAUUCCCACGAUCAUCCGCGCGAUUAUGCCGCACGUUCGCGAUGUGCCAUAACGACCGCGCUGUGCGACCAGCAUUCUCGCAGUGUGCAUUCGUCGCAGCGUGCGAGUCCCGCCCGAGACUCCCUUUCGCGCGAGCAAGGGGUACCGGACAAUGAUCGACAUGUCGGUGCCUGGACUCGAACAUAGCUGGUAGUACUGCGUUAACACUGGCUCGCUACCAGCAGGGCACACACCCUGACCGUACCUUUUGCAUUUCCUACCCUAGACCUGCAUACGCACUGACGCACACGCUAAGCGUGUGCGCACGUGCACUGUCGGCUGCCGCGUACACACCAUGAAAUUCCUGGGACUUGCGUCAUCUCCCAAAUCAUCCGCAGUGACGUCCCCACAAGCGCUGCUGCCGCUCUACCAUCGAUUCUCCCUCUCAUCCAUGUCCAUUGCCAUAUGGUUCCUGGUCAUACUGGCAACUGCAGCGAUAGACACCCCCGCCAGCACUGUCCCACCGAUACAAGACAAUAGAUCUCCUCAUAUAGUGGCGCAGUUCCCUACAGGGAAUGAACAGCGAUACGGACAUUUCCCCUUGGACGCCAACACAACGAGGGAGGGGGUGCUGAAGUUCAAUCACCUUGCCAUAGAUCCUUCUACGGGUAGGCUCUAUGCAGGGGCGAUCAACCGGCUCUUUCAGCUCGACUCGAGCCUCAAGCUGGAAGAAUAUGUCUCGACAGGACCAAGACUGGAUAAUCCUCAGUGUCAUGCAACAGGUUGCAUGUCGAGGGAGAUAACAACCUCUCUGAUGGAUAAUGUGAACAAACUGCUGAUCGCCGAUCUCGAGUCGCAGACGAUAGUCGCCUGUGGCUCCCUUCUCCAAGGUGCUUGCGAAAAGUACAAAAUGUCCAACAUAUCCAUUAAACCGGAAUUCAUGCCGCUCAGCGUCGCCGCGAACGACGAGAACUCCUCCACGUACGCCUUCAUCGGGCCCGAGAAGUACAAUCCGUGGGGGCAGACGAACAUACUCUACGUCGGCACGACCUUCACCAACAAAGGGGAUUACCGUCACGACGUGCCGGCUAUCUCCAGCAGGAAUCUCGAUUCCCUGGAAUUCGCCGAGUACACGUUCAACAAGCAGUCGAUCGUCUACAUCGACGUCAAGUAUCGGGAUCACUUCCUGGUGAAAUACGUGUACGGCUUCAACGCGAGCGACUACGCGUACUUCGUCCUCGUGCAGAAGCAGUCGUACUUGCCCGAGCAAGAGGAGUUGGGCUACAUCUCCAGGCUGGCGCGCAGCUGCAUAAGCGAUCCGAACUACGACAGCUACACGGAGGUGACGCUGCAGUGCACGGUCGACACGGGGGACGGGAAGCAGCACUACUACAACUUGGUGCAGGACGCGAAGGUCGCGGCUGCCGGCAGCGAUUUGGCCAUGCAGCUCGGCAUCUCCGUCGGCGACCCCAUAUUCGUCUCAGUGUUCUCGCCCAGCAGGGGCAUCACCAACGAACCAUUGUCGCGCUCGGCGGUCUGCGUCUACAGUCUGCAGGACAUCGAGACCAAGUUCAACGAAAACAUCCACAUGUGUUUCAACGGCAGCAUCAAGUACCGGAACAUGGGCUACGUCAGUGGCCCUAUACAAGAUGGGAAGUGCCCGACCGCUGGUACCACAGGGAAUAUCCUGAACUUCUGCGAGGUCGGGCUCAAGAUUUCAGGCGUAUCGCCGAUCACGGGCCAAGCUAUCCUACAUUUCCCCGACACGUUUAUCACCUCGGUGGCGGUCGCCAACACCGAGAGCCACACCGUGGCGUUCUUCGGCACGAACGACGGUGUCCUCAAGAAGGUUUUAUUGUCCGGGACCGAAGCGUUUGUUUACGAGAGCGUCACGAUUGACAAGGGACGAAAGUUACUGCCGGACACGCUGAUCUCACCCGAUGGCGAAUAUAUCUACGUAUUGUCUACUUCGAAAAUAUCGAAAGUCAAAGUGGAACAUUGCAGUGGUUACACCAAUUGCAGCAGCUGCCUCGACGCGAAGGACCCUUACUGUGGUUGGUGCUCUCUGGAGAAGAGAUGUACGGUGAGAGGAGACUGUCAGAAAGCGAGUCACAGCAGCCCGCGAUGGCUGUCGUUAGGCACGGGUCAACAGUGCAUCGAUUUUGAGCAAGUUCUACCCGAUCGCAUGCCCAUUAAUCAGAUGACUACGGUGCAGUUAACAAUUAGAACUCUGCCCGAGUUGCCGGCGGGCGCUAAUUACAAAUGCGUUUUUGGCAACGCCGAGCCGAUAGACGCGCUGAUGACCGGCUUCGGACUGUCCUGUCCUACACCACCGGUCAUGGAAAGACCCAGCAUACCCGAGGGUGUCGAUCACGCGCUCGUGCCGUUGUCCGUGCGCUCGAGCGAAACCAACAAGGAUUUCGUCUCGCGCAACUUCGCGUUCUUCGAUUGUUCGAGGCACACCGUAUGCACCGAGUGCGUCAAGUCGCAGUGGGCGUGCAGCUGGUGCGUCUACGACAACAAGUGCACCCACAACACCAGCUGUCAGGGUAUUAUAUCAGGGGAAAAUCAAAAUCAAGCCAAUCUAGCUGCACACGGCGCGCAGUACUGUCCGCGCUUCAUGGAGCGCAAGGAGUCACUGAUGUUACCGAACAGCGUGCCCAAGGAGAUCGUGCUCGAGGUGGAGAACCUGCCGCAUCCGCAGGUAGGCCACAGCGGGUUCCAGUGCAUCGUCAGCAUCGAGGGCGCCAAUCUGAAGGUGCAAGCGCGCGUGGACAGCAGCCGCUUCAUAGUGUGCGACAAGACCGUCUACUCGUACGAGGCGGUCACCGGGGAGUACGAGGCCGAGGUGACGGUCGUCUGGAACACUAAUCACCACGUGGACAAGACGACGAUCACUCUGUACAAGUGCGAGGUGCUCGGCUCGCAUCGCGAGCACGCGGACUGUUCCCUGUGCGUGACGCGGGACGCUCGUUUCGAGUGCACUUGGUGCGGGAACAGUUGCGUGUACAGGCACUCGUGCCUGCAGUCGCCGUUCGCCGAGUGCCCGAAGCCCAGGAUAGACAUGAUCAAGCCUCUGAGCGGGCCGAUCGAGGGCGGCACGCUGGUGACGAUCGAGGGCAGUAACCUCGGGCUGAAGGAGAACGACGUGGACGGUAAGAUACACAUCGGCAACACACCAUGCACCUUGGUGGACUACGAGGUGUCGGUGCGCAUAGUCUGUCGCACCGGCCGGCACGAGGCCACGGACGCGGCCUCCGUCGUCGUCGGAAAUGACGCCGGCUACACGGAAAGCGCGGUGCUGUUCAACUACAAGGACAUACGUCUAUCGGGGGUGCAUCCGUCGGUCGGGCCGCAAAGCGGCGGCACGCAAUUGGCCAUCACCGGUAAGUACUUGAACAUCGGCAGCACCAUCUCGGCGUACCUGGACGAGUUGCCGUGCCACGUGAACGCGACCCAGGCGAGCAGCACGAGGCUGACCUGCGUGACCAGCAAGUCGGGCCACGUUAGGCGGAUUCACCGGCUAACCCUGAGCAUCGACGGCGCGAACCGCACCCUCGUGGGCAACCCGUACAAUUACACCCACGACCCGACCAUCAUGGAGAUCAAGCCGUUGCGAAGCUUCGCCUCGGGCGGCCGCAUGAUCACCGUGCACGGCACGAACCUGGACACCAUCCUGAAGCCGGAGAUGGAGGUUUACUUCGACAACGAGCCGUUGCCGGUGAACAGGACCGUCUGCGCCGUCUUGAAUCCGACGCAAAUGGAGUGCCCGAGCCCGAGCGUCGCCAAGAGGUUCACGUCGAUCCGGCGCAGCGAGCGUUCGGUGGUCAACACCCAGGCGCCCCAGUCGUUGAGGCUGAAGGAGUCCCAGCUGUCUCUCAAGAUCGCCUUCAUCAUGGACAACGUGGAGAGCGUGCGCGACCUGGAGAAGCACUUCCAGAGCCUGCGCAACCGGCUGCUCUACGUGGACGAUCCAAAGUUCUUCCCGUUUCCGCGCAGCAUCAAGCUGUACAAGGGCGACACCUUGGUGAUCGAGGGCGAGAAUCUGAAUUACGCGAGCGACGAGUCCGACGUGAACGUCACCGUCGGCGCCAUGCCCUGCAACGUCACCUCGCUCGCGCUCACGCAGCUCGUGUGCACGCCGCCGGACCAGCAGCCCGCCGACACGGACGAGCUCGGGAUCAAGACCGAGAGCGGAUUGCCGUUGGUGGUGGUGCGGGUCGGCCGCAGCCUGCGUUUCCCCAUCGGCUACCUGCGCUACGAGGUCAUCAAGUCCUACCCGAUCCCGCCGGAAGCGAUCGCGGGCAUCGCCGCCGGCACCUUCGGCCUCAUAUUCCUCUUCGUGCUGGUGCUGGUGAUCUACCGGCGGAAGAGCACCCAGGCGGAGCGGGAGUACAAGCGGAUACAGAUACAGAUGGACACGCUCGAGAGCAACGUGCGGAUGGAGUGCAAGCAGGCGUUCGCGGAGCUGCAGACCGACAUGACCGACCUGACAGCGGACCUGGAGUCGUCCGGCAUACCCACCCUGGACCACAAGAGCUACAUCAUGAAGGUCUUUUUCCCCGGCGUGAUAGACCACCCGAUACUGAACGACCCGCGCUCGCGCAGCAACGUCUCGCGGACUAACUACGACGCGGCGAUGAUACAGUUCGAGCAGCUCGUCAACAACAAGUAUUUCGUGCUGACCUUCAUCGAGACCUUGGAGGCGCAGAAGGACUUUAACAUCAGGGACAAGGUGAACGUCGCCUCCUUACUCAUGGUCGUUCUGAUGGGUAAGAUGGAGUACGCCACCGACAUACUCAUGAAUCUCUUGCUGAGACUGAUCGACAAAGCGGUGAACACGAAGCACCCGCAGCUCAUGCUGAGGAGAACGGAAUCCGUGGUGGAGAAGAUGCUGACGAAUUGGAUGGCGCUCUGCAUGUACAACUACCUGAAGGAUUACGCCGGUUCGUCGCUAUUCCUACUGUUCAAGGCGAUCAAGCAUCAGAUAGAGAAGGGGCCGGUGGACGUGAUAACGCACGACGCCAGAUACUCGCUCUCGGAGGAGAGGCUCCUGCGGGAGCAGAUCGAGCACACGAUCGUCACGCUGCACGUCGUGCAGGACGAUCUCGACGAGAAGAUACAGUGCAAGGUCCUAGAUUGUGAUACGAUUAGCCAGGUGAAGUCGAAAAUCCUCGACGCGCUGUACAAGAAUACCCCGUUUUCGGUCAGGCCGUCCGUACACGACGUCGAUCUGGAGUGGAGGCACGGUCGGGGCGGUCACCUGACUCUGCAGGACGAGGACCUCACGACCAAGUGCUGCGGCGAGUGGAAGAAGAUCAACACGUUGGCGCAUUACGGCGUGAAGGAGUCCGCGGUGAUGUCGCUGAUACCCCGGCAGAACGACGGCUUCUCCGUCGCCUGCAAGCCGCCCUGCCACAACUGCAAGCCCUCGCAUUAUCAUCACCAGCAGCAACAGCAGCAGCAGCCGGUCCACCACCAUCACCCGCACCACCAUCACCUACAUCGACACUCGAAUCACUGUUCGUCCACGCAUCUUCCAUCCACGCCCAAUCACGGCUUGAUCAGUCCUGUGAUGUACAAUCAUCCCGUGAGCGGCCUGUAUUACGACUCCCAGCACUCGCCGCCGAUCAUCACGGCGAACGGCGACGUCGAGAGCGGUCACGGCGGCAAUCAGCGAUUGUACCACUUGGUAAGGCCGAUCGAGGAGGUGCACUACCCGCCUGGCUUGGGCUUCACCGGUAGCAGCAAGCAUCAUCAUCAUCCCGAGCGUACGCACAAGGCGAUCCCGGAGAUCUUUCUCACGCGACUGCUCUCGACGAAGGGCACCGUGCAGAAGUUCGUCGACGAUUUCUUGAACACCAUACUGACCGCCAACGAGGCGCUGCCGAGCGCGGUAAAGUGGCUGUUCGAUCUCCUGGACGAGGCGGCGAAGCAGCAGGGCAUCGUCGACCCGGAGGUGCCGCACGCCUGGAAGUCCAACAGCCUGCCGCUACGGUUCUGGGUUAACUUCAUCAAGAACCCGGACUUCAUGUUCGACAUCAACAAGUCCACCACGGUAGACUCGAGUCUGUCCGUGAUCGCGCAGACCUUCAUGGACUCGUGCUCGAUGACGGAACACAGACUCGGCAAGGACUCGCCGUCUAACAAGCUGCUCUUCGCCAAGGACAUUCCGCAUUAUCGCGAGAAAGUCGGCCGAUUCUACACGGACGUGCAGAGACUGCCGCAGAUCACCGAUCAGGAAAUGUCCAGUGCCAUGCAGCAGUUGAGCGCGUCCCACGCCAACGAGUUCGACGUAAUCGCGGCGCUGAAGGAGCUCUACAUCUAUGUCAGCAAGUAUUACGAACAAAUCCUAGAGGCCUUGGAGACAGAUGCGGGCUGUCGCAAACUACACCUAGCUCAUAGACUAGAAAAUGUAGCGUGCACGCUCGAGGGAGAAGAGACCAGUGCCUGCUGACAUACCCUCCUCACUUCCAUCCCAGGACCCGUCAACCUCUCCAGAAACACUGACUAGUGCCUCCACUUCAUGCAUCAGAUACACCUCGUUACAUAUGUACAAAUAUACACAUACACACCAUGUGAAUAACAACGCCGUAAAAUACACGCGAUUUCGUUAGGGCUAGUCAGGCGAUAGGUCACGGGAUUAGACAGUCCUCGUGGUUAGUAUUUACGUCUUUACGUGUUGGCCAUACCGAAAUACGCUUGUAAACAUGUAUGGAUAUUGGUAGGCAAUGUACGCGUCUCUGAUCCUUAAAUUAUCACGCUAGACAAACGCCUGUUGAAUCUCUGUCUCUAGAAAACGAAGUAUUUAUAUAUAUAUGUAUGUGUGUGUAUAUAGAUAGAUACAUCUCUAUCUAUAUAUCUGUAACGCGAAUCUCGCUACUAAAGUGGAGUGAAUCUCGAACGUAGGGUAUCUCGCGGACGAUUUAUUGUUAUCGUAGUGUAAGUAAGCUAUUAAGUUGUCUUGUAGGUAUUAAAUUAUUUCGAUUCUCUCUCUCUCUCUCUCUCUCUCUCUCUCUCUCUCGCGCUACGUUCUUACUUCUCUUCUUCUAUUAUCACGACGUUGUUUGCGUGUACAACGUCGUCGCGUUUCUUUGUCGAGUCUUGUUUGAGGAUCUGAGACGUGGAUCGGUGCAAAUACUUAUUAGGGAAGAAAUUUAAAGUGUAAAUUUUACGGCCGAUCUGAUAUCUAUACGUGUGUACGUAAAUACGGAGGAUACAUGCAUAAAGUAAAAAGUAACAUGUCUCUAAUGGUAAGUGAAAGAAAAAAGAAAAAAGCCAUAGUGUCCACCAGACUGUCUGUACGGGCAACGUACGGCAGCGAGUAGUCUGUGAUCCGAGCACGAGUGGCUAUGCCUACUAUCUUCAUUAUGAUAUAUAUAUAUAUAUAUAUAUAAUUAUUAAUAUGUUAUAUAUAUAUACAUGAAAAAAAAGUAUAUAUAAAGCAAAGAAUCAUGCAACACACCUCCACGGAUUGUAGUGAGCUAGUUAGAGAGGGACUAUAUAUGUAUUAUAAGUUGGGUAGGGGGGAGGGGGCUCCGCGCACCCUCUUCAGAGACAGAGUAAGAGAUAAUAUUAAAUUAAGGCAAUUAAGAGUAACGUUGGGAGAAAAUUUAAGAGUUAAAAGAAAUUAUAAGAGCAGCUCAGUCUACUCUAGGCCUAUCUACGUAUGUCGUGUGUAUGCUCGUAAGGAAAUUACUACGCUACAUAAGGAAAUUACUUCUCCUUAUUUUUUUUUUUUAUUUUUUAUCCUUUACAUCUCGCUUCUCUCUGAGUCUCUCUAUAUCCGCUAUACACAGUAGUUUACGAAAUGCUGUUGCUAUUACAUUAGAGGAGCCACUUUGUGGAGCAUUUAAUAACUUUGUGCAGCAUCUAAUACCUUUGUCUUCGUAUUAUACGCAUUAUUAUUAUUAUUAUUAUUAUUAUUAUUAUUAUAUUACGUUAUCACACCGGUUAUUAUUAUUAUUAUUUCUAUUGUCUAUAUACAUAUAAUUAUUAUUAAUACUGCCUAUUGAUUAUGGUUAUUACUAUGUUGUUAGAAGUAAACGCAGAAUGGAUCUUUUUUUUUGCCGGCGCGAGAAUAUUAUAGACUGUUCGGAUUACGCUGAAGAAAGGGGAGCGAUGACGAGUUUCGUAUAUUCGUCGAGGUAUAUUCUGGCCGAAAUUUGUGUGCUAUUAUUAUUAUUAAUAAUAUUAAUAAUGCAAUAGGUAAUAAUUGCAAUAGGUAGUACGCAGACACUCGUCGUGGCACAACGACACGCAGUAUUCCUUGAAGUAACUUAUGUACUUUUAGUUAACAUAAGACUGGCGGAACUUUUUUUUUUAUAACUCGCAUUUAUAUUUUUUUCCCCUUUUUUUUUUUCUUUUACGAACAAGACGUUGGCAACUUAUUUACGUUGCAUAAGACCGACGAAGAAAUUCGUGAACGUUUAUAUUUGGCACGCACUGCCAAGAUUUUUCCGUGCAUUUUUACGAGCUGUAGAUCCGUUGAGUCAAUAGACUCCGCUCGUCGUUCAAUUGAGAGGUGACUGCCGAUGAGAAUGGAUGAAUUAUUUGACGUAGGUCCAGGGAGGCUGGAGACGUGCUCAUACUCUUGUACUUAAUGCUAAACGCUACAUCGUGUUAUUUCAAUUAUAAUUCCAGGUCUCCAGGCUCCCGAAUCACGAUCAGUAACCUAUGUAUCUCUCUCUUUCUCUUUCUCUCUCUUUCUCUCUCUCUCUCUCUCUCUGUCUCUCUAUUGUAUGUAUAUCGUAUUUAUUUAUAUUACGAGGAACAAACUGUAACGCGAAUGUACGUCAAUCUGUGCUGCGUAAAAAGUUUUUACACUCUGUCAUGUAUACGUCUUUGUAUCGAAUUGUAUAAAUAUCUCUUUGUAUGUAUGUUGUUUUCGUGCAAGUAUGUCUCUCGGUAUAUGUGCCAUCUGUCUCGACGCGGUGGGAGAUUUGUUCGCUUUAGUGAUUUGAAUUCUCAAAAUAGACGCGCGGACGCGCGAUACAGUUCCUUUCUAUUGUCGGUUUCUCACGUCGAUCGAUAUUUAACGCAAUUGUCGCGCCGCGCGAGUUACGUCUCUCACCUGAGUGUAUACCGCGUAUUUUUCGCGAGCAAUAACGUAACUCGAGUCAUUUUGAAUAACUCUUGAAUCUCUCGCAAUAUAUGUCACAAAAAUACAUACAUACACAUAUAUAUAUAUGAGAUAUACAUAACACAUGGUGUGUUUCAUGGUACUAAUUUAUACAUAUUAUUUAUACGUGUAUUUAUAUAUAUAUAUAUGUAUUACAUACCCGUAUGUGUGUGUAUACAUCUAUAUCAUAUAUAUGCGAAUAAUACAUAUGUAUGAACUGAUAGCAUGAAACCCGAAACCGCAUGUCUCUCCGGAACGACCGAAAUACCAACUUCCGCCUCGGUGUCGUCGGUUAACGGCUUAUCGUGAAACGGAGAGGUCCGCCCGAAUAGUUGGCAAUGCGUCAAGUGUUAUCAAUUCUUCAAUUAAAUCUCUUCGAUACAGGGCAGAACUUGCCUCUCUUAUAGAGCGAACAAAUUGAAUACCGCUUGAUACAGUCUUCCCUGAAUGAGAUUAAUCGAGAAUUUCGUUGGUAACAGGACUUUCAUAUUGAUUAUUACUGCGACACUUUGUAUGUAUUUUUUUUUUAUACGUGUGAACUUUUUACACGCGCACAACCUCUCGUUCUCGCAAAGGCGCACCGCGUUUUUUCGUCCACGAAUUCUCGAUACUCUGACUCGUACAUAACAAUACUUAUGUAUAUAUCUUAUCCGCAAGAUAUACAAUUAUAUUUCCGAGAUUCGGUGUGUGUGUGUGUGUACGAAAAGGGAAAAAAAGCCGAAGCACACUCGCAAUGAAGCUUUCCAUAACGAAUUUCGAAAUCCGAGAAUGUCCGAAUGUCGAAAAUCGAAAUUCGCGUACAGGAUAACGAAAGUAUUAUCAUAUCUGCGUGUAAUCGCGUGGCGAUGAACGAGACAAGGAUAGUAAAUGCAGUCCUGUCUCGCUCGUCCUGUGUUGAAAGUAUACACCUCCCCGGUUCUUUUUACAACGCUCUAACGAUGUAAGUUAUGCGACGCAUUCUUAUUUAAUAAAGACGGAAAUGUAUGAGAGAUAAACGUGUACAGGUGUAAGCAUGUGUAGCGCAUGAAAGAAAGGGAGAAAGAAAGAAAGAACGAAAGACAGAAUGAAAGAAAGAAAGAAGAAAAUCAUCGCAGCCGCGACGAGCGAUCGGUAAUCGCGACUCGUGACGUCGCAAACGACUCAAUCGACACAAGCACUGCCGUUAUUGUUGUUUCAGAACUUGUGAAGAGAAUACAACGAUAGAUAAAUUGUCCUAGCACUGAGUCCUACAACACUCGAGACAACAAACGUCCUUUCGUGAGUUCAAAGUAUAAACUGAAUAUAGAAGUACCUCGCGCA